AUGCCUCAUUAUACAGAAUCAGUGUUCCGUCCCGAAACUGCAACGGAAUUCUCCUCUUCUCGAUUCUUGUCUGACCUUGAAAGUCUUGCGAAAGAGGUCAAUUCCUCCAUCGACAAACCCGCCGUGGAAAACGUCCUCACAAAGUUUGACAAAUACUUUCAAGAGGGUUGUGUCGUGUUCCGCAGCAAAGACCGGCCCAAUGACACUCUAAACUACCGUCUAUUCCUAUUCAAUGCCCAUGACACAAUGAAGGCGGCCAUUGAGGCCGGUCUACUGGACCCUAGCCACCCGUUCAUUCCCUUGAUGGGACUAUGGCACUUCUUGUGCCAUCAAGACCAAACUCCUGCUUUCUGGCCCGACUUCAGUGCCACAAAGGCAACCAUAGCCAAGACCUGGCUCCUAAUCAGCCCUCUCUGCUCAAUCAAAACCCUCCUUCGAGCACCUGGCAUCCCGAACGGAAUGCAGGACCAAUUCGAUACCCUCCAAUCCGCAGGUUUGGACAAAGUCCGAUUCAUCGCCGCCGACUACGACGCUAUGACGGUGAACUUUUACUGGCCCCUUGCGGAACCCCUGUCGCGCAAACAAGCAGACCAGCUCGCCGCACUCGGAGGCUCCCCUCCACCCAGCGAGGACAAGCUGCAGGAGAUGAAAAAAUACCUCGACCCGCGAGGGACCUUGUUCGCUGUCACUAUGAAGUACCCAACUGGGGAAAUGACCAGAGUUGGAUUUUACGCGCUUAACGUCCACCUGACCCCGACCUUGAAGGACUUUCCUCAGGUGAACGAGCGCGGGACGAAGUUUCUCACAUCGGUUAAAUCACACGAUAAGGUCCCAACGACGGUGGUUUCAUGGUCUUUUGGCCGCGAUGGCGGGGAGUAUACGAAGCUUGAGGCUGGGAAUUCGGGCGAAUUUGAGGAUUUGAUUCUCCAUGUGGGCGCAAUGCCAUGA